AUGGGCGCGCUCCGGCCGCGCAGCCUCCGACUGGGGGGCCCAGUGCCGCAGCGCCUCGCGCCUACGGUCCACGCUCGGUCAGCGCUACUCGCCCGAAGUCAACUCCGCCCCGCCGCCAGAGGAAGGCCGGUCGGCGCCUUGACAGUUUCUGGGGACGCCAGCGUCGGCGGCAAGUAUGACUACAUCGUGGUGGGGGGCGGCACGGCAGGAUGCAUCCUGGCGAACCGGCUGACGGCGGCCGGUGACAAGCGGGUGCUCGUCCUGGAGGCUGGGCCGAUCGACACCAGUUUCAAUGUGACAACACCUGCAGGCAUCGCACGCCUGUUCAUGAGCGACCUUGAUUGGAAUCUCUUCUCGAACAAACAGGAAAAGGCGGGUCAGAGGGAGAUCUACUUGGCCCGGGGCAAGCUUAUGGGAGGGAGCUCAUGCACCAAUGCAACCCUGUACCUUCGGGGCGACGCAAGCGACUACGAUGAAUGGGGUGUGGCGGGCUGGGGGGCAAAGGAGGCAUUGGAGUGGUUCAAGAAGAGCGAGGACAAUGCCAGAGGCAGGUCGGAGCACCAUGGUGUGGGCGGCGUGAUGAGCGUGGAGGACCCCCGGUACCGCAACGAUCUGUAUGACAGGUUCUUCGGGGCGGCCCAAGAUGUGGGCCUGCCGCGCAACCCAGAUUUUAAUGACUGGAGAUUCGGGCAGAUGGGCUUUGGUGAGUUCCAGGUGACCCAAAAACGGGGUGUCCGAGCUGACCUGUACUCCAGAUGCCUGAAACCAGCGAUGAGGAGGAAGAACCUGCAGGUGGAACCAAACGCGGUGGUGACUAAGGUCGAGGUCGAUAAACAAAACGGCGAGUUGAGGGUGGUGGGCGUCACCUAUGCACCCAAUGGAAAGGAUGGCGCACGAGUCAGCGUGGAGCUGGCGGCUGGAGGGGAGGUGCUGCUCAGCGCAGGCGCAGUCCACUCACCGCACAUCCUCAUGCUGAGCGGCAUUGGCCCGCGGGCCAGUCUGCAGCAAGCCGGCGUUGACUUGACCAUUGACUUGCCAGCCGUGGGUCAGCACCUGCAGGACCACCCGGCGGUGCUGUCAGCGUUCAGGAUGAAGUCCGAGCAUGCUGACAAGGCGAUGACGACCAAGGUGUACAACAAGAAGGGCAAAGUGCGAAAGCGCACGAUUCUGAACUACCUGUUGAGGAGGCGGGGGCCCCUCACAACCACGGGAUGUGAUCGUGGCGCGUUUGUUGACACGACCGGCUCUGGCAGGGCGGAUCUCCAGAUGCGCUUUCCUGCUGGCUACGCACUGGACCCCGAUGGCGUGGGGUCUUAUGUGAAGUUUGCAGAGCUGACUGAGAAGGGCGAGGCGUGGCCGCCGGGCAUCACCUUUCAGGUCAUCGCGUGCAGGCCCAAGAGCAGGGGGAGCAUAGGUCUGAAAUCCAAGGACCCCUUUGAAGCGCCCACCUUGGACCCCGGCUUCCUCACCGACGAGGCUGGAGCGGACCGCGCCACACUGCGCGCCGGCCUGCGCCUCAGCCGCAGGAUGACAACCUCCCGCCAGCUGGCGCCCCUGCUGUGGUACGAGGGCUACCCGGGGCCCAAUGUGACAUCGGACGACCAAUUGGAUGAGUACAUCUCCAAGACGCUGCACAGUGCGAACGCCCUGGUCGGGUCGUGCAGAAUGGGCUCCCCCGGCAACGGGUCGUCUGUCGUUGGGCCCGACCUGGCCGUGCACGGGGUCAGUGGCCUUCGUGUGGUCGACGCCUCCGUCAUGCCGGUCAUACCCGGUGGGCAAACCGGCGCCCCGACGGCCAUGAUCGCCGAGAGGGCGGCGCACAUGAUUCUAAAGGGGUCAUCCGCCUGA